AAUUUUCAGUCUGUGUUUUGGACUUGUGGGUGAAUCCGGGUGAAUCUAAUUAUUCGGUCGUUACGCUGUUUUAUUUGCUUCCAUUUAACAAAAUUGAGGCAUCGUGUGUUUUUAAAGUAAAUCAGUUGAAUUGUGCUAAAGGUAGAUGUUCGUAUGAAAAUCAAAUAUACAAGUAAAAUUAAAUCUGUUUGAAACUGCACCCGCGAGUUUUGCGGCAUCCGGUAGUUUGCUGUUCCAUAUUACACUUUGUUCGUGCAACGUUGAAAUGAUAUAGUUGAGUUAUGAACGACGACAAGAUGAGUAAUAACAAUAUUGAAGCGGAAUACAUGGACAUAGCCGCCAGAAAUGCCUGGCCUAUCAUCUACCAGAAAAUUGGAAGAGAAUGUCAAACGUACACAUACACUUGCAUUGAGGCCAAAAAACCGAAAAACAAGCCUUUAAACCGGUACAGAGAUGUCAACCCUUAUGACCACAGCCGUGUUAUCUUGAAGAGAAGUGACAUAGAUUACAUCAAUGCUAAUCUUGUAAAGAUGGAUCGAGCAAAUCGAAAAUAUAUUCUUACGCAAGGUCCACUUGCUUUCACCGUUGCUCAUUUUUGGUUGAUGGUGUGGGAACAAAACAGUCGUGCUAUACUAAUGCUCAACAAGAUAAUUGAAAAGAAUGAGAAGAAAUGUUAUUGGUAUUGGCCACAUGGUAUUGGUGAGGAGGAAAAGUUUGUUCUCGUCGACGUACAACUGACUAUAGAACAGAUUAGUGAAGAAGAUUGCAGCUACUAUACUACACGAGUUUUUAGAAUUCACGACAUGGAGAGUGGUGAGAGUCGCGAAGUGGUACAAUUUCACUACACCACUUGGCCAGACUUCGGCGUGCCGUCAUCACCGGUCGCGUUCCUUGAAUUCCUGAAAAAGGUUCGCUCUUCUGGCGCCCUCAACCCUGAUGUGGGCCCAGCUGUGGUGCACUGCAGCGCAGGCAUCGGACGAUCUGGAACCUUCUGCUUGGUCGACUCGUGUCUUGUUAUUAUUGAAAAGGAAGGCAUAGAGAAUGUAAACAUACAGCAAAUUUUACUGGAAAUGCGUAAAGAUCGCAUGGGUUUGAUACAGACUCCGGACCAAUUACGAUUUUCAUAUCAAGCUAUCAUCGAGGGGGCCAAAAGAUUUAAUCCUAAUUUUAAGGAGGAUCCAAAAAUGGAAGAGAGUAUAUAUUCAGUGGUUGCGGAGGAAGCUGACGAGCCUGAAGAGGAGGCGCCGCCGCCGCCCCCGCCGCGCGCUGAAAGCCUCACACGGGCCCCUGCGCGGCCGCUCCCUAAUAUACCGACCAGUGCGUCGCUCGGCAACCUGAAUUAUAACAACUGCUCGGCUGAGGAAAGUUCGAGUUCGGACGGCGAGCCGCCGACGCCACCCGCGCGCGAAUGCUCCAGCCCGAGCUCGUCUGCCGACGAAGACGAUGAUGACGACUCCGGCUCCAUCAACGAGAGCCCCGCGCUAUCUGAAUCCGGCUCUGGAUAUGAUAUGACAUUGUUGUUGUUAAGCAGCGGCGGGAACGCAGACACGCUGCGGCGGCGGCGCACGCGGGAGCUGGCCGACCGCAUCGCCGUCAUGAAGAAACGCGCGCGCGAGGCGGAGCAGUGGCACGCCCUCAAGAGGUCUCUGUACAAGCCCCUCACCAUCACAUUCGGAUUCAUUCUGGCGGGCAUUGUCAUCUACACAUACGUUAAACAUUAACUUACCACACACAUAUAGCUAUAGCUACCUAACGCAAAACCAACGACACGAGAUAAAAUACGUCCUUUACGAUCCAGACGAUGACAUGACGACCGACAAUACUUCCCGGGCAACAAUCACAAGCAACACGGCGUCUUUGCCGGCGAAGACGAGGUCCCCGAUAUCUGACGUCACCCGGACGUGGGUUUUAUAACUCACGAUCUCGGGGGCGUAAGGACUGAUACACUCAGGUCACGGUUACCCCCUCCCGAAUGGCGAAUGGAUAUCAUACAGGAGGCAGAUGAUAUUUCUCAAUUAAUUUGAUCUUUUAUUUUAAUAGGUUGAUAAUAAAUACCAAAAUUGUGAAUAGGCGGUCACAAUGACUGAAAUGGACUAGUAUAGAAAAUUCUAAUUGCUUGAAACAAAGGUUUUUUUUUUAAUUUUCCUCCAACAAAUCAGGAAAGACUGUACUAGGUGUGGGUACGACAAUAGACCUACGGGCGGGGAUCGAACCACCACCCCUCGGUGAUGAGUCCAACCGCUCUUACCGUUGAGCUAUUAAGGCUAUAAAGCUUUGGUGUUUGAAAGUUUGUUUACAUUAUUUAUCUCGUGUCGGUGGUAUACACUGUGGUUCUAAUGUAAUUGCCCGAAACCCGGGACGAAUAAAGCUGGGUCUAUAUUAUCUUUGCUUGGCGGUUAUCACAUGUUAUAUCCUGGCAAAAAAUAGUAGAAAUUAAUAGAGGCGCCACUAUCGCCAAUAUGGCAACAAGAAUACGAGAAACGUAAACGUAACCAUAGCAACAUAACUUUCAAAACCGACAGAUUAAUCACUUUUGACAGCAUAGACACUAACAACUGACAAGUUGAAUAGUGUUGUAAGAGGGAAAAAAAAGUUAGUUUUUUUGCCAAGCUGUAUUUGUGGAAACCGCCAAGGUACCGUUUUAACUGACACAGUACCUUACAAAGUUUCAGGCUUUGACUCACCCUCUACAAAUUACUCACGCUUACUCGGAAUAUAUUUAUAUAUAUAUCGUAUAGUAGUUUUAGUUUGUUUGAUGCGACUGUACGCACCUACGUAGAAGUACGCAAAGUGUGCGUACGCAUACUAAGUCCAUAAAUAACAAAUUAAUAAUAAUAUGAUUCGUAACCACAAAUGUAUAUUCAGGCGACAAAAUUUUUAUACAAAAGAAAUAUUUUGGUACUGUCAAAUUUGACACAAUUUUUGGAAAGUUUUGUUAAUAGAUACUCAAGUGAGAAAUGUUUACAGAGAUCUCUGUACGCUGAAUAUUAUUACUUAUAUGUAUUAUAUGAUCCAAUCCAAUUCCAGUAUCACCGCACUAUUAUCUUAUGAUAAUUAGAUAUAUAUAGGCCUUAAUUUUAUGGUGGCAAAUGUACGAAAGAUUGAAGUGUAAGUAGUGAUGAUUCCUAACUGUUACCUCAUAGUAACGACUGUUAUCUCAUUUUAACAACCAUUGUCACAUGGUAACAACUCUUGACUCAGUGGUAACAACUAUUAACUCGCAGUAUCAACUGUUAUCUAAUACGGUAGUUGACUCAUAUCAAACUUAAUAAAAACAAUAUUAAUUUCGUGUCCAUGAAAUAAGGGUCCGAAAUAUGUCGAUAUCAAUUAAUACUCACUCAAUUUAAAUAUCAGUAUUCUUUAAAAUUUUCCAUACGUCAAAAACGCUGUCGUCCAUUUUGUGACGUCACUAACACCCUUGAUAUACUAAAUGUCGAACUAAUUGUUAACUAAUAUUUUUGUCAAACGCUUGCAUUUGUAUGGACUGUCAUGGCCGGCAGACAUUAUGGCUCGUAUUGUCAAAAACAUAUUUAAAAACUAAAAUUUUCAUGUAAUUACAUCUCAAAAGAAUAUGAAAAAAAAAAUUCAGUCUAGUGGAACUAUAAUGAACUAUUUAAGACCAAUUAAAAAAAAGUGUCAACUAGCCUAUUAUAACCAUUGCAUCAUGGGUAACAAUUGUUACCUAAUUGUGACAACCAUUGCCUUACGAGUAUGUAAACACUAUUGGCUCUAAUUUAAAUGAUUUGAUAAUUAUAUACUCUUCCUGUUACCAAAUUGGUUAAAUUGAUAUGUACAUUAAAUAUCAAUCAUUACAAAAAAGAAAAUCGCUUACUUAAGUUGACACAUAUAUACAUAUAACCUUACUUAUUACUCGUAAUAUUGUUUAGCUUUAGGGGAAUUCGGAAUAAAACAAACUCUCAAUAGCCUAGACCAAGUAUAUACUUAGGAAAAUCCAGUGAAUUGAUACCUAAAAAGUUAAUUAUAACUCCUUUCAACAUUUGAAAGCAAUACAUGCAUAAUUAAUAGACGAACGACGAGACUCUUAAGAAUAUGCUAAAACUGUGUUUGAGAAAAACUGUUGAAAUGUACUUUGCCCAAAGUCAAUUAAUUGUUCUUAUGCCUAGUAUUAAAAUGUUCAACGAGUAUUAUAAAUAAUUUCCAUUUGCAUUUAAAUCUGAUAUGAAAUGAUAUCUAAUCAUAUUGAACGUUAUUAGUCCAGUCAUUUUAGGUUUUAUCUGGAAAAAAAAUCCUAGUGAGAUGAAGUUUUGUAUACACCUUUAAGUGUAAUUAUAAAGAUGUGAAAAAUCGUGGCGGCUAAAAAGUUACAAAGGUCAAAAGAUCACAAAAAUCAGAAGGUCAAUAGAGGUCAUUAUAAAAAUUGUUCCUCAUAAAAUUGUCUACAAAAAAUGCAUUUUGCAGUUUUUCUAUAAAAUUAACGGUUUACGGAUUAAAGCGCUGAGAAAGCGACUAUAUUAUGACAAUGCACUCGUUUCCUCACUACCUUCGAGGUAGAAUGCGAGACGCGUUUUUUACCCGACUGCAAGAAGGAUUAUGUUUUCGCUUAAGAGAUUUUUUGUAGACAAUUUUAUGAGGAACAAUUUUAAUAAUGACCUCUAUUGACCUCUGAGCAAUAGGUCGAAAUAAUGGGUAUUUGCGAAAAAAUGAUUUUCGUGACCUUUUGACCUUUAUAACUUUUUUAGGCGACACGAUAUCGAUGUAAAUUUUUCACAUCUUUAUAAUAACACCUGAAAUAAGGUUUAUACUAAUAUUAGCUCACUAGGAAUUUUUGCCCAGAUUGGGGUUUAAAAUGCUUAAAAUUACUGGACUAUAAUUUAAUUGACGAGUGAAUUAUUAUUUAAAAAAACAAAAAGCAUGACUGCGUGAAUAAACGUAUAUGUGUAGUUUGGCGCGAAAAAUCUACAAUUUUACGACAUAUCUCAGUUAAAAUGUAAAAUGCAGCUUUGUGGCACAAGGGCCUUUUUAAACGUAACAAUAAUUUUCAAAACAUAUUUUAUUAAUAAACGCGCUAAGACUCGCACGCUACGUUCAAAUUAUGUGACAAAUAAAAGACAUAAAUUGUUAGGUUCCAAUUUUUACGUUUUAAAAUAUGCCCUUUAUUGUAACUAUUUAACAAUAUAAAAUUAAUGCUAAAAUCAAUUUUGAGCAAUUUUAGUCUUUAUUAAUUAAAGAAUUAAAGAAAGAACCUCACAUUAGUUAAGUCUUACAAGUCCACAAAUUCAUUUGUGUGUAUGAGAUUCCGUGAGGAAGCUAAAUUUAGUUUCUUCACGUCUUUUUAUAACGAGAUUAUACGAGCUUACUAUUUUAUAUGUAAGUGUAUUAUUAUAUGUUAUUAGUACUUUUUUAUUAUUAUAUAAAAUGAACCUGAAAUCGCGAAUACUUUAUAAUUAUUUUUUAAUUAAAUUUUAAAUGAACAUAGAUUUCUUUAAGUUUAACCAUAAAAAAUAUAAAUGCACGCAAGUUGGUCGGAGAUAUUUUAUUCAAUAUCUAAUGAUAUAAUUUAAUGAGUAUUAGAAACGUUAAAUUUUCGGAAGUCGGUUUGGUUUUGCAUGUAGAUGUAAGGUGACGACGCUAACGCCUCUGUGUGUGUUAAAUAUUGAAAUUGAUAUGGGGAGAGCAAUGUGACAUCAAAAACAUUGCUUAGAAAAUACUAAAGUCUGGCCGCUCAGAGAUUGCGUUUCUGACAGGUCGCGCCUGUCUGUACACAUUGCCUCUACAACCAUAGCAAAACUGUCGUCUGAAAAUAGAUAAUAUAUUGAUACCAGUCAAUCGUGACAGCUGAAGACUAAAUACUUUUAUUAUUUAUUAAAUAUAUUAUAAUAUUAAAAACUUUUUAAUCGCUAAUAUUUUUUUACCGAUAACCAACUAAACUAAUUAAUAAAUUUACUAUAAGCAAUACGUAGCAGUUGUCGAUAGAGAUUAUCAUAUUAUUUUAAAAUUAACUUUUAUUUGCUGUAGCGUCUUUUAGCAAUUGCUUAUUUAAAGUUCUUUUUGUUUCUCAAUGAACCUUUGUGCAAUUAAAGGAAAAGUGCAAGCGAGCGAUCACAAAUUUGGACGUAAUCAAAUCGAAGUAUUAUUAUCAAUAAUUAAUAUAUUAUACUGUUUAUCACAAUAGCUGUGUCUGAAGUUUCGAUAAGUCCAUUACAAGGCUACCAUUACCCAAUGAAUGUAUCGUAUUACCUGUUCUUAUGGAUAUUUUCUUUAAAAAAAGGCUGUUUCUAGUGACUAACACUAAGUAAUUCAUUUUUUUACAUAGAAUAACAGAAGAAGUAUACAGGCACAGCAUAAUAAUCACAACUGAACAAGUUAUUUAGCUAGCUAGUUAGCUUAUUAUAAUAAAUUGUCAGUAUUAAAUUAUACAAAUAAAACAAUACACAACUAUGCACUGAGAGAUUUUUAAAUAGUUUAUAGAUCAUGCACUCUUUCACCUAUUACGCUUAUUUAUCCUUUACCUUUGAAAUGCCAAUUAAUAUUUCCUCCGAAAAUAUAUAUAGACGCUUAAUAUACUAUAAUAAUUAAAACAAAAAUCGGUUGUCUGUAAAGUCGGUUUGCUGAUGAUAGUUGAACGUGACAACGUCAUAAGAAAAUACUGAUGGAAUGGUUGCAUUUUACAAAAAAAAAUGUUCUUUUUUCUAAAAUACUGUUUAAUAUACUUCAUAGACCAAAAUAUACUAUAUUUCUUGUAAAAAAAGUUGGCAAUCCUAGAGCGAGAGUACGACGCAUGACGUCAUUUUUUUCGAGUGUGCAGCCGGCUCCAUCGAAGUAUAAGACGUUGUCACGUCAAAAGAUGGUUAAAGUACUUGGCGAAAAUAUCAAUCACUAUUUUAUUCCAACAGCAAACCAAUUUCAUUAUACUAUUUUAUAUAGAUGUGCAGCAACCUGCUUUUAUUUUAUCGACGAAAAUGUUAGAAGGUUACUCGGAAUUAAAAAAAAAACAAUUACGUUUUAAUAUCAUAUUAUCUAUUGUCUUGAAAAGUUCGCAUUGUCCAACAACAUUAAUAUGAGAUAUGUAUAUUAUUAAUAUGUCCCCUAUGUGACUGUAACCACGAGAAAGUUUUUAUGACAUGAAACACUUUGUUAUUAUUUUAUUAAAUCUUGUUUUUAUAGUUAUUAUGUAAAGUAAUUUGAAAAUACUUGUUUACAAUCUGAUAUCUGGCAAUUAAAUAUUUUAAACAUGUCGAUAGUGAUAGUGAUUCAUUAAACGCAAAAUAAUUUAUCUUAAGGUAAUUGUUACUAGUUUCUUUUAAAAACUGUACCUAAAUGGGUACAACAUACAUUUUAAAUAAUAAUAUUAAUAAACGGUUUAUUUACUUCGUAUGACCCUUACAAUAAACAAUUACUUUACUUUGCACAAGCAUAGCAAAAAAUAACUCAAUCGAACAAAAGUUUUAACGGGAUUAUUUUUAUAUAUAAGAUCUAUAAACGUAGAUAAAUAUUUAGAUUUCUAGCACAUUAAGACACAAUACAAUUUGCAUCUGUUAUGGCUUAAAAAAACGUCCAACUCGGUUUAUGUAAAUCGUACAGUUUUCUUGUAAUUGUGCUGACGCCAAGCUGAGACGCUCAGAUAUUUUGAUAUUUUGAUGGUUAAAUUGUCACAUAAGAGACCGUGUUAAAUUCGCGAAAUACUAUCACCAAAAUAGUAAACUAAGUUGUCUUAAUGCGCUUUGUUGAUUACGGUGUUCAUGUUUAUUUUAAUUGAAGUAUAAUAAUUGCUGGGGUUGUAAAAUUUGAACAGGUUUAUUAAUUUCAGGUUUAAAUCGGAGGAAACCCCUAAAACUGAACCAUGUGAAGACUGAGGAGCGUAGGUAAUAAUUUUUAACGAAGUUUAAUGUAAUGAUUUAAACCGAAAUAAUAAUUUUUAAUUUUGACAUUUUUUUUUAUGACCAUUUAGGUCAUAAAUGAAUUAGAAUGAUUAGAUGGAUUAAGCUGUUAUUCACUUGGCAUAAUAUUAAUUAAAUAAUAGAAAUGAAAAAAACAGAUUCAAUUAUUACUAAUUUUUUGUUGUAGUUAUUAAAUUUAGGUGUUCUAGAAGUCAGGCAGCGCGCUUAUACUCGUAUUAAUUAACAAUAAUUCUCACAUGCAAAUUAAUUGGUUUCCGUCCCAACUAAACGCAAUCAAUAAUUACGUAAUUUGGUGGCAUGUAUUUUUAAAAUGAUUAAGAUUUAGUCAACGGAUAUCAGUCAGAGCUCCCACUUUAUAUAGAUUAAUUAAAAAAAACGUGUCUUAGUAACUUAAACUUGAAUACCCACUUUAAUGUUUCUUUUAUUAAUUCUACGUAUUAAAUUGAUUACGAUUUCCAUGUAUUUGUUACCGAAAAUGUGUAUAAUUCUGGCAUUGCAUACAAUGCCCAGGCAUUAUAAAGGAUUAUACAGACUGUUGGUAACAUAUUAUUCAAAUGUAAGUUUAACCUUGGAAUACUGAAAAUCAUCGUAAAAGUUAAAGGGACCUAAUUUUUUUAAUUACCAUCAAAUACAGUCACUGAGUAACAAAGACUGCAUUAACACUUGAUAGAUUUUUCAGUAUUCGGCUGAAUAUAAUGUAAUAAUUUAUAUUUAGUUCUACGUGAUACACAUGUAGACCAUUAGAUGUAAGGAAAUUUGUAAUGUUUACAAUAUUUAUUUAGUUUGUAUAAAUUUAUUAAGUUUCGAGACUUCUAUAUAUUACUCAAGGCCACGUUCUGGUUAGCUCACAAUAGCGCACGGAAGAGAGGGGCCGGGGUUCACGUUUUAAAUUUAUCACUGCUUUUAAAUGUGUGUUUCUGUGGGUACUAGAAGAUUUCCGCCAAGCUGGUUAUUUUUGGAAUAAACUCUACAGCAACAGAUAGAUAUUAGUAUUUCAGAAGGUUUUCAAAACGUCCACAAUAAACUUAUUAUGGUGGCGUCCUUAGCUAUAGGUUUAAUGCGUCCGAUAUAUAAGAUGCGGAUCUGUGAACGCCUGCCAUAAUAUGAUAAAGGGUGACAACUGACGUGAACCCUACUAAUAUUAUAAACGCGAAAGUUUGUAUGGAUGUUUGUUUGGAUAUUUGUUGUCUUUAACGCCGCAACUACUAAACCGAUUUGGCUGAAAUUUGAAAUAGAAAUAGAUUUUCAUCUGGAUUAAUACAUAGUCUACUUUUCAUCCCGGAAAACCCAUGGUUCCCUAGGGAUUUGUAAAAAACUAAAUUCCAAGCGGACGAAAUCGCGGGCGUCCGCUACUCUAUUAUAAUACCUUAGAACAUGCGAAAGCAAUUUAGCAUAUUUUUUUCUCUAACACUACGCUGAAGUCGCCCAGAAAUUUCAAAUAAGACAGUCCCUCCGUGCGCUAUACUGCAUUGGCCACGUAACGUAUGCCAUUCUCUCCCUUUUCAUCAGCAUAGUAGCCAUAAUAAAUGUAUAUACAUUUAAGGUACUUUUUUAGAGUAUUUAUUUAGAUUUAACUGAUAAUUUACUAAUACUUUAUAUACGAGUAUGCACCUUUAUUGGGGAUUGCAUAUAAUUUAAAAGAAAAAUUUAAUUAAGUGGUUCUUUUUACACGCUGCGUUGUAAACCCUGAUAAUGCCAUAUCGCAUAUUUACUAAGGUCACGUUACCCGUGGAAUAUAUCCUAAACUAUUCUAAAGUAUUCCUAGAGGAUACGCACAUACUAUGAAUUUUGAUGGUAACUUUCCAACGCCGUCUUAGCAAAUAUUGUUUAGUAAUGCAAGUCUUGCCAUUUAGGUACAUGCAUGAAACAUACGCUAUGAAAUGGUAUAUAAAUGACAAUAAUGUUGUACCUUAAAAUAUUAUAUUGUUCCCCCAAUAAAGGAACGCAAAUAUCUGUUAGUCUAUCUCUCUUAUUUUAAUAAUUCAAUCGAUCGAAUUAAUGUAAUGUCAACGUAACCAAGAUAAUUCGUAACCUAGCCUUGCAUUGAAUCAACCAUAUCUAUGAUAUUAUAUAUAUAUAAAGGCUACCUACAGGGUGGGCCAGGCCAUUAAACUUGUGAAAUUUAAAUCGGCUAUAAAACAAGGUCCAGUGUAACGUAAUCCUAUUGCAGUUCAAAUUGUCAUGCCAGCUGAGGCAGUCGUCAGAAUGAUUUGAUUCUUAAAUGAAUAUAUCCAAUCAAAAAAAUAUAUAUAGCCAAUUUAAAUGACAAAACUGUUCAAUGGCCCAUCCAUAUUGGAAAGGUGUAUCUUAAAAGUAAUUUGCCAUUUAACAAUGUCUGAAAACUAAAUAUUUAGUAGUUAGACAGAUGGAAGAACUACGUUGUUUAAAUUUAGUUAACUACUUAUGAAAUAUAAAUUGUAAUCUAAA